AUGGACCCCGAAACCGCCCACCGACACUCCCAGAACGCUGCCCUCAGCUACCCCCACCAUUACUAUGUCAACGAGCGCAACAUUCCGCUCACAGUCGCUACUAGCCCGAGAUAUGACCCACGUGGCUAUUCUGUGGGAGGCCCGGUCGGUGGCCAUAGGCUACGGGCCGGCAUGGAUAGGGAUGAUGUGACUAUGGACAGCAAUCAAGCAAGGCGUCGAAUAGCCGUAGCUUGCGCUCGAUGCAGGAAGCGGAAGAUUCGUUGUAGCGGGGACCCCGGAAACGGCACCGGAUGCGCAAGUUGCAAGCAGGCCGGCCUUGACAGCAGCGUUUGUCAAUUCCAUCGUGUUGGGUCAGGUGAAGCCACGAGGGUGCUUGACAACCUCCACCUAGCAAGCAAUUUGACGAACAUGGCGAAUACCAACGUCAUGAUGCCGAUCUAUAACGCGGCAAGCCCAGCCUAUUCUCGAGCCACAUACCCACCGAGCUGGCCUAUCCCGUACACAGAGGAGACAUCGCCAGUGGAGACUUACAGCCUGAGUGAGCCUGCGGCCUACCUGCCAAGUCACAACGGCAUAGCAAGCAGCAAUGCGUGGAGCCACCCUCCCACGAAACCUCUACAGACGGGAGCUCACGCAUUUUUGGACACAGAUUCCAUGCCAGUCUACGAGACGCAUGGCUCGCCCUAUGUGCAAACGGGCCUCAGAGCUGUGACAAACUCUGAAGCGCUCUCGCCGCUAAACAUGACGUCUCUCCAGCUCACUCUCCCCGAGCCACCACAAGCACGACCGAGCCAGGCUUCAGAGACUACUGUACCGCAGCGACAGCUUCCUAUGCCACAACCGAGUCCCGCACAGACCUCAAGAAACGUAGUAGAUCAGCUACAGCAUCAGCGACUGCGUUCUGCUCAAGCUAUGGGUGGCUCCGCAUUGUCCACCACGGGCGCAUACCCAAAGUCGACGCUACCGUUCAACGAUGAGACUGGUCUUCAAGUCACGGCUCCUGCAGAGGCAUCAUCGUCCGCGGAUCUCACCACCCAGGUCACAGCUCCAGCAACGAUUCCUGGCACUACCGAAACCAUGAUAGGAUACCUUCCGGGUACCACAUCUGCCAGUGACGAUGCCGCCGUUACAAGUGCCGGAUCCCAACACUCCCUCAAUUUCAGCACUUCUGGACUGCUUGAUACCACGCCAGCACCGGCAUUACCUACUACUUAUUCCAACUUCCGCAAUUACAAUCUCCCGACGUCGUCCUCGACCGAGACGCUUUCACCGUUGGCUCGCCAGGAUUCCCAAUCGAACCUCUAUAGUUUCACUCCUGAUAGCAACUCGAAGCGCCACUCGGCCGGCCGAUCGUCGAAUGACUCUGCUCUGGUGAGCGGUCAUCGAUACACACCACUGAACCAGAGCCAGCAUCAGCCGAACCACGAUGGCUUACGACGUGAUUCGUUCGAGGCCAGGAAACUCCCUGUUCGCCGGGCUUUUAUGUCCAACCUCUAA